AUGUGGGUGAUAUGGACUGACCGCAACAAAAUAAUACAUGGAAAUAAGAAUAAAGAUGCUACUGCUCUGGCUUUACAUGCAACAACAUAUAUGAACAACUAUAUAAAAGCUACCAGUACACAAGAUCCUAUUGCAACUCUAUCUCCACAUUCUGCUGUCAAUCAUUUGAAUACUGCUGCUACUUCUACAAAUUCUGCUGCAUUCAAGACCCGACCAACAGAGGGCAUUCCAUGGAAGCCACCUUCACUUCACAAGUUGAAGCUUAAUGUUGAUGCUGCGGUCAAUACUGUCGACAAAAUUCUUGGCGUUGGAGCAAUUGUUAGAGAUCAUGAUGGUCAGGUAGUCGCUGCUUUAUCGAAGCCAAUUCAAGGAUGCUUUAGAUCAGACGAAAUGGAGGCGAAAGCUCUCUUUCAUGCACUAAAUUGGAUCACGCAACUCGAUUUGGAAAUCGAUUAUGUUGAGACUGAUGCUCUUCGUGUUUCCUCAGCAAUCAAUCAUGCAUCCUCAGAUUUAUCUGCUUUUUCUGAUUUAAUUUUAGAUGUCCGUUGUCUUCUUUCCUUUUUCCCAGGCAUUGUUGUUUCUCAUGUUAAGAGAAAUGCUAACCAAGCUGCUCAUGGUUUAGCAAAAUAUGCUCUUGGGUUGGAUGUAGACACUUGUUGGAGAGGAGAAAUUCCUACUCCUAUUUUCUCUGUUGUUGUAAACGAUUGUUGA